UGCGCGGCUGCGCCAUGCAGCUGAGCGGGCGUUGUGCGGCCGAGGAGGCCUCGUUAGUGCCGGGGCAGCUCCUCCGGCGGACACAGCAAAGAUACUGGUGUAUGAGCUGGAGUGUGCGGAGCGGAGCUCGCGCGGAUAACGCAGGUUUCCUGCCCGCGGUCACCGCAGUGAAGGCAGCGAUGUUUCAUCAGGGCCUGCCAGACGAAUUGCUGUAAAAAUGCCGCCUUUGCAUUAUCUUGAAGUCCGGAGAAUUCUGUACUGUUUUAUCAUACUUGGUAAUGCUGAACUGUGCUCGUAUAGCAGCUAGUAUCUCAGCUAAUAAUUCUAGCUAGCUAGAAGGGUCUGGUCAAUUACUACUGUUUAAUUAUUGCAUGUUCCUUAUUAUUGUAUGUUCUUUAUUCUUCAGCGUUUUCUUUGGAAAAAUUUGAUACAAGUUAAGAUUAACCUGUUUUAUGGAGAGCUGAGUUCUUAAACGACAUUGGUAAACAUUUGUUUCGUGUUGUAAGAUUGUUUCAAUUUUCACACAGCACUUUUCAGCCUGCAUUGAACCUGUGAAUGUGUUGUUAUAUUCAGCAAUACAGGAUGCUGCUUGCCAUGCUACUGUGGGCAGCUUUGCUGGUAGGAAAUGGCGAAGUGCAAGAUGAUGAGUGGAUUGACCCCACAGAUAUGCUCAAUUAUGAUGCAGCCUCAGGAACAAUGAGAAGACCUUACAAGGUGCAGCGUGGAUGAGCAUGCCUUAAACGAAGCAGAGAAUUGGAAGAGAAAGAAUUCAGCUGCCUUAACGGUGAACUAUUGUAGAUAGUUACCUUAGUGCUUUUUACUGAUGAGUUUCUGUUGCUCGCUCGUAAGUCACAGAAAUCAUACUUUCUAGCUUUUCACAAGCGGUGGUUGACUGGUUGUGCCUCCACAAUCGCUUCCCUGAGCGGAAGCACGGGGUUAAACACCUCUUGCUAAUUUCUCAAACAUAGUGCUAAAUAUUUUGAAAAUUAAGUUCCUAUCUGAUAAAAGUUGGGGUAUUCAAAUUAAUGAUUACUUUUGACUUGAAUGAUCCAGUUCCCCCACUAAUACAGGAACAAACCCCAUUCACGGGGUGAGAGAGUGUCAUGAAGGUACAUGGUCUGUAUAAGUUCUGGUAGGGUGGUGCUGGGCAUCAGAGUUUUCCGGAGGAAAUUCAGAGUAGGCAUUGAAUGCUGUACUGUUAACAAUCCAUGAACACUGAGAAGAAGAUGAAAUAUUGAAAAGUUAAUUGUAAUAAGUUGAAUCAAUUGUCUUGCAUGAGAAGUGGGCAGUCUCAUACAUAUAUAUCAUGAGAUACAUAUUAUUUGUACAACAAUACUUGCCAGUUUAUGGUACUGCGAACUGUUGCUGCAUAGGCAUUUUUCAGCUCUCAGGUUUGGUUUUGCAGUCUUGAAUAAUGUAGUUUAACAUAUUUUAGAACCUAAUUUUCUGGAGCUUAAAGAAAUGCAAACAUGCGAACAGCAUCAUUUCUUCACUGUGUUCCUCCUCCCCCUGUCCCAAGUCUACUCCCUGAUACUCAUUAGCAUCCAAAAAAUUCAGCAGCAACCUUCGGAGGCUUUAAACUUGCUACCCAACCUUCAGUAGCUUGAGAUAACAAGGUAACAAUAGCGUAUGAUGUACUCCUCUAUUGACUCUAUCGCUGUAUUUUGUCUGCAAGUGACGUGAAUGUUUUAUCAAUAGUUAGUGUAAUCGGAAUUGUAAUCAGUCAGCCGGUAGUCAUAUUCAAUGAAGGAAGCUUUCAGCUGUAAAUAUGUACCUUGAGGAAUUUUAUUGGACUAUCGAUAUCUUUGUCAGACCUGCUUUAAUCGAAAAUUUUAGGAGUGGUAUUGUUGCCUCCAGUGAGAGUAGAGUUGCAUCUUAAAGGAGAAGGAUAACUAUUCAAGGUGAAUCCUUCUUUCUAGGAUUUCUCUUCUGCUCUGUAACGAGAGAUUUUAGGCAGACAGGCUGUGCAGGCCAGCCUAACACUCAAAAUAAAACUCCCAAUUAGCAUGUAUUCACUGAUUUCUGAAAAGUUGCACUUUCUUUUGGAGAGUCCUCAGUAUGCAUACCUGUUGGUGUAGAAGCGCUGCUGAAAGUGCAGCUGGACGAUUUGUGGAGGACAAAAUGGGAGGUUGUGUCAGAGGGAAGAGGGAACAUGAAAGAAAAGGCAGGCAACAAGGAACGUAGCUUUGUGUUUGCUUUUAGUCUGCCUGGCUGGCUGGAUGGGGAAUCUUAUCUGGCUGAAAACUGAGCGUUUACUUGCUGAGUCAGUUUUUAGCCAGUCUGGUUAUCUAAUCUGAUGCGCUGCGUGGCUCAUGUGAUCACUAACACUCACAGGAGGGGAAAGAGCAGGUUGGGAAGGAAAGGCUGAAACCUCACUGUCUGUUGGUAGCAUAGUUUUAGACGAGCUUAAAGCAGUUGUUCAGUUUGGAGCCUAAAAUAACAACAGAGAGGCAAUUGGAAUUUCUUAGGGUGGGUAUUAGCAAAAACGACCAACAAUCAGUUUUUAGCUCCUUUUCAAGUCACCUGGCUGUGAAAGUAUAACCGGAUGUAUUGAUCAAAUUCUUAUGUACAAUUUGAUUACAAAAACGUGUUUCUCUUAUGGUAAUUCUAGGUAAGCUAUCGUGAUUCUGAGGAUAAGAGUAUGGAUACAGUCAGUACUGAAAACUUACCGAGUUGCUCCAGGGAGGUAGAUUCCUUGCGACAAAAGGUUGAAGAAUGUGAGAAGAAGAAUGCCAUAUCACAUGAAAGCCGUAGCUUUUAUAUUUUUAAGCGAUACUUGAAUAAGAUUUUAAAUGAAGCUGGAAAACUUGGCCUUCCUGAGGAAAACACAGAUAGCGUGCAUUACGAUGCUGAGAUUAUCCUUACAAAACAAACGUAUUUGGAGAUCCUCAAGUUUCUCAAUGAGGAGACUUGGCAGUCGGGUGCUGUGGAUGAUGCGCUUAGUGAUAUUUUGAUCAAUUUUAAGCACCACGAUUAUAAAGCUUGGCAUUGGAGAUUUGAAGACACUUUUGGAAUUGAUCCACAUAAUAUGCUUAUGAUCCUCCUAUGCUUAGUGUGCAUUGUAAUUAUCGUAGCUACAGAGCUCUGGACACGUAUUCAUUGGUUUACUCAGCUAAAACGUGUUUUAUUAAUCAGUUUUCUGAUCAGUUGUGCAUGGAACUGGCUUUACUUGUAUAAGCUGGCCUUUGCACAACAUCAAGCAGAAAUUGCCAAAAUGGGCCAGUUUGAUAACAUCUGUGCUGAGAAGUUGGACUGGAGUGGAAGUCUCAUUGAAUGGCUCAGAAGUAAAUGGACGUUUCAGGAUGAUCCCUGUCAGAAGUACUAUGAAACUCUACUAGUAAAUCCUAUUUUGCUGGUUCCGCCGACAAAGGCAUUGGCUAUUACUUUCACCAACUUUGUAACUGAGCCUUUGAAGCAUGUAGGACAAGGUAUUGGUGAGUUCAUCAAAGCACUCAUGAAGGAGAUACCAUUGCUCCUGCAGGUUCCAGUACUAAUCAUAAUGGCUCUAGCUGUUCUGGGUUUCUGCUAUGGUGCAGGAUCAUCACUCUCCAUGUUAAGAUAUUUAACAUCCUCUCAGAAGAAAAUGCUUCCUCCACCUGACAGACAAGAGGAAAAAAUAGACUUUAAGCAAUAUAAUCCGAGUGAUUCAGAUAACUAUCCUUUAUGGAAGAAGCCUCAUGUAAAUAGAGGACCCUUUGACAGAGGAGAUGCCUGUAUGAGACCUGGAAACAGCAGCAGAAGCCCUGACAUUUUCCAUGCAAGCGAUGAGCCAGAUAUGCAAGUAGAAGAGUCUCACAAACCAGAACCCAGUAACAGAUUGCACACUGAGUCUGAAGUUUGUAGACUAGCAACUAUCACAGCUGAAUGCCUUACUGAAGAGCAUGCACUUGAGCAGCAGAAACAGCAGACAGGCAAAGCAGAGCAAGAGGCCGGAGAGAACUGCAACCCUAAUAAAAACCUAGAAGGGGAAAGUUCUACAACAGGAGCACCUGAAGAGAAGAAAGAGAGCAGGUCAUAUCAAUCAAAGGAAGGAGACUGAGGAAUCGCCAGCCUCGGCUGAACACAGUUUGGAAGAAAUAAAGACAGACUGAGUGGAGUAGAGGAUGGGGCUACUGAAGCAGCUGAGAAUCGGUUCUUCUCCUGGAAGUAGCAUCUCUGAUCAUCCAUCCUGUUGCUCUGGA